AUGCGGCUCCAGGAAUAUAGUCACGUGAAAGUUCUGCUAUUCACUGUGAUUCUCACCCUUUUGAAUGCGGGGGCAACAACGGAGUUAUUGGACAUUGGCGAGACAUUAGCGAGCAUUAGUAGAGCCGCAAAAAUUGUCGUAGGCAGUACGGAUGGAGCAGAAAAUACAUCUCACUGCAUGAGAGAUAUCAAUUUACUUUGGGAAAGUGUUGCCGUUGGAGAGCAAUGGGCUCUGCAAAUGUUGGAUGCAUCUUCCAUACUUCAGCCAGGGAUCCUUAAAGGAAAUGUCCACGACUUGGGAAUGUACGACGAAUGCGAGGAGGUCGGUGUGCAGUACAAUCCCUCGAACAUCACAGGCCAACACUGUAUGAUUUCGUUUUUGGUCCCCCCCGAGUUCUUUAGCGAUCCUUCGGCGAUGUUGCUGAUGCAAAGGUUGUCUCCACUGGGUCAGAGUGCAGAAAAUGCCGUGAGUUUGAGCUCGUCCGUGUGUUUGCCUUCGUCCUGUAACAAGGAAGACGUCUUAAGGAUCGCGGGAAGAAUCGUUGACCAAACACCAGAGCUUUCAAGGUCAGGGAUAAGGGUUACCAAGGCAAUAUGUUCGCGAUCAAACGAGAACAACUUCACUCUGCUAGAAACUCUAACUAUAUGCUUUUUCGCCGUGCUUGUGACUUUCCUCAUAUUUUGCACCAUCUGUGAUUAUCCGACGCGAACCGGGAACCAUGAUUCGUCUCAAGCGGUAAAGAUACUGGCAAAAUUUUCGCUCCAAAGAAGUGCUCUGGAUUUGUUUAACACGAAAACAACACCCGGAAGAAUGCCGGCUAUUCACGGAUUGCGGGUAUUAAGCAUAUGUUGGGUUGUCUUCGUUCACAGGUGCUUCAUCACUGCGAUUAGCCCUGUUGCAAAUUUAGCUGACUUCUUAUCAUGGCAGAGUCGAUGGUACUCGCUGUUCGUUUUCAUGAUAUCUUUUAUCGUUGAUAUCUUUUUCGUUAUCAGUGGCUUUCUCACGACGCAUCAGCUUUUGAAAUCCAUCGGUUCUGCAAGGAACAAGUUCAACUUCACCGAGAUCUGUCUUCGUCGAUACAUUAAAUUAACACCAUGCAUCGUGGUUUUGAUUUUGUUUACCGCAUUCUGUCUUCGGCACAUCGGAUCAGGCCCAGUAUGGGAACACUUGAUUGGCAUCAUGGUGGACAGUUGCCGAGAGAAUUGGUGGACCAAUAUUGUUUAUUUGCAAAAUGUUAUAAACCCACAAAACAUGUGUUUACCUCACACUUGGUAUUUGGCCGCUGACAUGCAGCUGUUUUGGAUAUCUAGAGUCAUCCUGGCCGCUUCGUAUUACUGGUCGAAACAUACCCGCAGGAUUCUCAGCUUGUCUCUUUUUGUCUCGAUGAUUGUGCCACCUGUUCUCUUUGCCAUCAAUGGUCACACCAGCGCAUUCUUCAAGGUCACAAACAACACGAGCGUAUUCGAGUACCGGGAAAAUUUCGUCAACGUUUAUAUGUCCACCGUUCAUCGAUCAUCCGCCUACCUGGUGGGCGUUGUUCUCGGAUACGUAAUCGCAACCACGAAGCUUUGCCUAUCCAAGCUCCAGGUGGGAACCCUCUGGAUUCUGGCAUGCGCUAUCAUGUCACUAUGUGCCAUUGCCACUCGGCACCUUUACAGCGAUUCCUAUGUCUACGACGUGGUCUUCGAAUCAGCGUAUGCAGCCCUUGCCCGACCUGCAUGGGCAAUUGCAGUAGCGUGGAUGAUUUACGCAUGCACUCAGGGCUACGGGGGUCCCAUCACGGAGACGCUUUCGUGGCCAGGUUUUCUGCCUCUGAGUCGACUGUCGUAUUCCGUUUAUUUGGUCCAUCUUGUGAUUCAGGUUUCGACCGCAGCGGUAACACGCAAUUCGGUUGUGUUUUUGAAGUUUCAAAUCUUUCAUUUGUUCUGGGGUGAUUUGGCAAUCUCAAUUGGAAUGGCCUUCCUCCUCAGUAUCUUCAUUGAAGCCCCUGUGAUGGUUCUUGAAAAGAGCUUCAAAGGUUUUCACUGGAGUUGGGACACGUCAGGGCAGAAGUUUUUUAGAAUAAUUGGCAACACAUACGCAAGGUGGAAAUCGGUGAAAUUGGAAAUGCUGACCUAUUAUUCGGUCCCUCAACUCCUUUCGUGCAGCUUGUUUCUGAUUUUAAAUACGUCGAUGAUUGUGCAAUUAGCACGGUCAGCCGCUGAGACUGGUCUCUGGAUCACCCAUAGCAGUCGAUUCCGUUGCUACGUCACGAAACCGGUUAUUGCGCUACACAGAUUCCUUGUGACCAUCGCGCAGUGGCGUGAGAUGGAAAAACGCGGUUGGCAAGUAUGGUUGCUGAUUCUGAAUAAUGAAUUCCAAUACUCGCCAGACGCAUUCGCAGACAAAGAGUUAUUAUCGAUAAGAAGAAGAGCGAUGAGCUCGCACGAGACCAGACGAUUGGUGCUUGUUAUCGAUAUACAAAAAGAACGAGAUGAACGACAUCAUCUGAACUACUCCGAAGAAAUACCAGCAUUUUGCACAAAAACUGUACCGAAAGCUUAUAGGUAUGAUUUAUCGACCAGUAAAAUGAACGAUCAUGCAGGUGUAAUGGUGUCUGCAGGAUUAACAACGACUGCUCCGAUAUUCUGGGAAUCCGUUACGGAAUUUUCACGCGAAUCAGGGCAUUUCAAUUCCCGUAGUAGAAUGUUCUUGAUCAACUGCGGAGGUUCGACAGUUUUACUGUUCGCUUUGUUGCAAAGUUUGGUUUCUGCAUCAUACCUGAAUGAUGCGGAGAAUACUAAGACAGUGAUCCAACAGGUCUUCAACGACUUGCGAUCUCCGUUAAAGGAGGAAAUCCUUUCGGCAGUAAGAGCGUCCGAUUCUACUUGCGAGGAGGAGCUUGCAGCAUGGAAUCAGGCAAUUCAAGCCGGCCAGUUGUGGGCAUUGCGAAUGAUAGAUGCGGCGUCGAAAAUUCAGUCAGGAAUCCUGAACGGUAACAUACGUGACCUCGGGAUGUAUGGGGAAUGCAUUGGGACCAAUGGGGAGUACAAUAACGUCAGUAUUCAGGGAAAGCAUUGCAUGUUUUCCGUUGGUUUGGCGUCCAAUGAAUCCAGCGAUGCAACCAACGAUACGUCUACGAUAUCAGCGAUCACUACUUCAUCAAUUUGCGUGCCAUCGUCUUGCGAUGAGGCAUCCGUUGUGGAGUUUAUAAAUAGCGUUCUUAACACCACGCCGAUAAUCAGCAAUUUAGGACUUGCAGCUAAUAGAGCGACCUGCAGGCCCUUGGAAUACGGAGAUUUCACCGUCGCAGAAAUUUUGACAAUAACGUUCUUUUCGGCGAUUGGCGCGUUCAUUGUGGCCUGUACCAUUUGCGAUUUCGUACGAAGAAGCAGACCUGCUGAUUCGUCUACUUUAAUGAACACUCUGGCAAAAUUUUCUAUGUACACCAACGCGCUCAGCAUUUUGAACAGGAAAGUUACUCCUCAAACUUUACCAGCUCUACAUGGUAUUCGAGUCUUGAGCACAUGUUGGGUUGUGUUCGGUCAUCGUUACGUCACGUCAUUGUUGAGGCCGAUGGUGAAUCUCUUGGACAUUACGGAAUGGUUGGAUUCGUGGACUUCUCUUUACAUUUUAUUGGGGCCGUUUGCCGUCGACACCUUCUUCGUGGUCAGUGGAUUUUUAAUGACUUAUCUACACUUCAAGGCGAUAAAAGCGGGAAAGAAGGUCAAUUUGCCGAUGAUGUACCUUCACCGUUACCUUAGAUUAACGCCAUCCUUCGCCGUGAUCAUGUUAUUCAGUGCUGUUCUGCUCCAUCGGGUUGCAAACGGUCCCAUAUGGAGUACGAUGGACUUCAUCGUACAACCUUGUCGUGACAAUUGGUGGGUCAGUUUAUUGUACGUACACAACUUCGUACACAAGGAAGAAAUGUGCUUGCCCCACACCUGGUACUUGGCUGUUGACAUGCAACUCUUCUGGAUAACUCCACUAAUCUUGUAUCCGUUGCAACGCUGGCCAAAAAUCGGAUUUUGUAUUCUUGGGAGCUUUCUUCUGGCCUCUGUGGUUACACCAGCUGUCGUUCUUGGUGUAAACGGCUAUUCCAACGCACUCGUCAGUUUUGAGCUCGGACUAGCAUCGCUGGACGCCUUCUACAAGUUCUACAUACCCACUUAUAAUCGGGCCUGUGCCUACUUCGUCGGAAUGAUAUUGGGCUACUUCACGAUAAAUCAGAGAAGGCAGUUCACUCAGGUAAGCGCAACAGUCGCUUGGAUUAUCACCGCUGGACUUUUGGCAUUUUGUACCGGUGCUACUUAUCAUUCCUACAACAGUAAUUAUGCGUAUAAUCUGACAGUGGAAAUUUUAUACGCCGCAUUAUUGCGUCCAUGUUGGUCUAUUGCCAUAGCUUGGAUUAUUUACGCGUGUAUUCAUGGCCACGGAGGUCCCAUCACUCGGUUUUUAUCGCUACCAUUCUUUCUGCCUCUGAGUCGGUUGACAUAUUGCAUAUAUCUGGUGCAUUUUGUGGUUCAAUUGGCGAAGAAUUCAGCUUCACAACUUCCUACCUUAUUUUCAAAUUUUGUCUUGUUUAAUGGGUUCCUAAGUGAUCUGCUGCUGAGUAUCCCUUUGGCAUUUAUCUUCAGUUUAUUUAUCGAAUCUCCAGUAAUAGUCUUAGAGAAAAUUCUGACCAAUCGUGAUAGGAAACCAGAACCCUUGGGAAAGUCCAAUCAUGACAAUGAAAAGGAUUUUGGAAUUCGGAACCUCGGAAUGGAUAAAUGCUGAUCUCAAAGUUUAUAAUUCUCAAUUGACACCUUUAU